ACCCUACGCUAGCAGGGUGGGAGAAACAGAGGAAGAGGGAGGAGAAUUUCAGAAAUGAGGAAAAAAAUACUCUGCGACUGCAUAAUUACUUGGUGGUAAUUUUACAGUACAUCACUUCCUGUAGCAGCAAUGGGCUUUGACUGAACUUUAUCGACUGACGAAUAAAUCCAUACAUGAAGGUACGAAAUAGAAACUGAAAAGGCGAUAGCUACACAACAUUGAAAGGUAACUGACCACGGGAACAAGAAGAAACGUAAGACGAGUAUUUCACAUUCACAUGAUGUUGUGUUUGCGUACCAACGUUUCCCCCCAUUACUCUCCACAUUGAUGAAUGACAGCUGUGGAGUGUGGAUCAGACCAGCAGCUGGAUGGCGGACGUGUUAAUUGGCAGGAUCCCAGCUGGCUGCUCUGAAGCGCUGCGAAAAUGAGGCUUGAAUCAGCAUCUUUGAUCUUGCGCAUCUCAUCUGACUAGAGGAAUGUCAAAAUAUUCACUAUAAUGUUUUUUUUUCCUUUUCUUACAUUGUUUGAAGUGCCUUUUUCGCAUUGUUGCUUAUGGACAAAAUAGUCAGAUGUUUACUCAUAAAGAGGUUAGGGAGAAAUUCUCAACCUUUAAACUGUGAUCAUCUGUACUGACGAAGAACAAGCCCUAGUCUCAUUUUUGUAAAGGAAAACAGUUAUUCCUCUUCGCAAUACCAGGAAACCCAUCGCACUACAAAGCACCAUAUCAUUACAUGCAGUCCUGAACUUUCUUCCAAUUUUUGAAGGGGGGACUCAUCUUUCCAGAAGAAUAAUUGGUCACGAAGCAUCCUUGUGUACGAAUUUCACAAAAAAGGAUCUGACUGCCAAGGUAUCAUUAGCCACAUUGUUUUUGGGGUAUGUCAGAGACACCAUAACUACGUCCCCCCCACCCCUCUUCAAAGCAUAAUAUUAAAAACCAGUCACACUGAGCAUCAUGCCAAAUCUACAAUCAAAAUGGCGUUUCCUGAUGAUGAUUCUUGGGGUCCAGCUUAUCGUCAUGGCCCUCCUCUCCAGGGAGGGUUACCAGAAGAGGGUCACCUAUUUUUUCCGGAUUUUCCGAAGGACUGACACAGGGGUGGGGGCCUCCAUGCAAAACCAUACUGGGCGUGAUGUCUAUGCCAACCUUUCCCUUCUGUCCAAAAGCCUGACGAGGGAGGAGAGCAUGCCUUACUGUCCAAAGAAGUCUCCAUUAGUUGGAGGCCCACUCCGUGUGACUUUCCCUUCUGGGCUGACUUUGGCUCAAGUAGAGCGGAAAAACCCCCUAGUAGUGCGAGGGGGACGUUACAGGCCACCAAACUGCGAGUCUCUCCAUCACACCGCAGUCAUCAUCCCCCACAGGAACAGAGAACACCACCUGAAGUUCCUGCUCUACUACCUACACCCCUUCCUGCAGAGACAGCAGCUCAACUAUGGCAUCUACAUCAUUCACCAGGCAGGGAACUACACCUUCAACAGGGCCAAGCUGAUGAACGUGGGCUUUCGAGAGGCCAUGAGGGAGGAGGACUGGGAUUGUCUGUUCUUCCACGACGUGGACCUGAUCCCUGAGGAUGACCGCAACACUUACACUUGUGAUGCCCACCCCAAGCAUGCUGCCAUUGCAAUGGACAAGUUUGGCUACAAGCUUCCAUAUAAGAUGUAUUUUGGCGGUGUGUCUGCUCUGACCCCUCUGCAAUACCUCAAGAUGAAUGGCUUCCCUAACAACUACUGGGGAUGGGGGGGUGAGGAUGAUGAUAUCGGGAUCCGUGUGUCCCUGGGAGGGAUGCUCAUCACUCGGCCAUCUCUGAAUGUGGGCCGCUACAAAAUGAUCAAACACAAGCUGGAUAAGGGCAAUGAGGUGAAUCCACGAAGGUUCAACAUGCUGGCAAAGACCAGGCACACCUGGAAAGAGGAUGGCAUGAGCACUGUGGAGUAUGAGGUGUUAUCUCGGGAGUACCUGCCCCUCUACACCAACAUCACUGUCAACAUUGGCACCGAAAAGGGUCUGCUCAGUCUUCCUCCAAAGACCCAAAUGGCUGCAAAUAGACUGCCGAAGAAGGAUGCUAAGGCCUCACUGCCAGAUAACGAGCUCCAUCCGCUCUCCUAAAGAAAGAUGGAGACAAGUAUCCCCCAUAGAAUAAAACCACAAUUUCAGUGACAGAUGGAUCAUAAAGAGAUUUUUCUCCUAUUUGUUUUAAAAUCGCCAUAUCCCUUAUCUGAAUCGUGGCUCAGACAUUGUCGACCGGCAUGAUGAUUUCUGUGACCAUGUGCAUGUCUAAAUGGGCACAGUAUACCCCUCCAAGAGCUCACUCUGCAUUACAAGGGCAGCCAUGCAGCCCACAUAUUUUCUAAUCUUAGUUAUGCAGUGGAAAUGAAUGAAGGAAUAUGAAAUGAUAUACACAGCUUGUGGAUUCUCCUGUCUUGAAGUGGGAUCAUGUCCUGACCCUGGCUUUUCAGUCCGCAGAGAUAGACCUAUUGCCAUAUUGUUCUCAGUACACCAUAAUUUGGUCCAGUUCCAGAUUUUUUCACUGGCUUCUAUUUCACUGUGGAGUUAAGAUUAAUGUUAAUCAAAAUCAAAGUGGCUUAUACAAGUUUUACUGUAAUUUUCACCAGUUUCACACUACACACAUAACAUGUUCUUUCGUUUAUCUUUUUUAAACAGCAGGUAAAGAGCCCACCGUCAUUCGUCUAAGAACUAUGCACAUCAGUGUCUUAAAUGUGUGUACGAUUGUGUUUCUACUAUUGUCACAUUUUCUUGUGAUUAUCCGAUUGAGUCCAAAACUGGACAUAUGCGAACCAAGAAUGUAAUGUGUAUGAGCUUCACUCAUUCUGAAUCCAUUCUGUGCCUGUUUGCUGAGUUUCUCUGUAACUCUACGUCGGCUUCGGCACCCGGCAUCUCCGGUCAUUCGCACGCCUCUGUCUGCUGCCUCUGAAGGGGUCCUCACCUUUAUUAGCUGGAGGCUGAAUUAUUUAAUUUUACAGAGGGUUCGUAUGGGAUGAAAACUGAAACCCUAUGGUAGCAUUAAGUUCCAGUCAGAGGGAAAUGUGAGCCUCAGGGACAGGAGCUUUAGGCAGGCAGCAGGCAUUGUGAAGGCCAUUUUCCAUAUCCUACGAGGUAUUUGAGGUUCCUCUUAAUGAAGCCAAAGAUAAUCAUGACACAGCUGAUUGCGAACAUGUCAACAUGAGUGUGGAUGUGGAGAAUCUAAAUAAGUAGCGAUGUGGUGACCUCACAUCACCAGAGUGGUGGGCAUGACUUCCCGGUCUGUGUGGGGUUUUGCAUGUUGUCCCUGUAUUUGCACACAUUUUUACCUGGUACUCUGGUUUCCUCUUUGGUGAAUUAGUGUCUCUAAAUUGUCGGUAGCGUGUCUGUCUGUGUCUGGUUUGUUUGUUUACCUGCCUCAUUUUCUGAGCUUCCUUGGAUAUGCCGCACGCUCACUGUGACCUCAUAUGAAAAAUGAUAAAAACUGAGAUGUCCACUGAUGACAUUAGUCCAUGUGUACAGAGUAAACUCAGUUAUUUUGGAACACAAACCUUGAGAAAUGAAGAAUUUUUUGAAUUCUCUAAUAUUUUGGUUGCUCUUGUCCAUUAUGCAUAAGAUGCGGCUUCUUGUGGUGACUAUUGCUUUCCCUAGUAAAAUAGGAUAAUCUCUGUGGUUAGAACUGGGCCACUGCAGAACUCUGUGACGUGUGUAGGUUUUCAAAUUAGCAGGGCAACUGAUUAAUUAAACAGUUCAGAGUGGCCUUAAAACUUUGAUUAAUAAACAAAUGGAUACAAACGUA